AUGAUAUACCAAAAAGAGAAGCAGAAGACAACAAGAUAUUUCAGCCAGUCUGGUGGCAGUCUGACAGGCAGUGAAGGACAGCAAAAGGCUCGAGAACAUGAAGAACUUGCCCAAGAGGCUAUGGCCUGGAUCCUGGUUGUCGGCCAUGCCCUCAACCUGGUCCUAAAUAAGGUUUCUGCAACAUCAGUGUACAGCUUGGGAAUUGCGGCCUGGUAG